CCCAUUAACUGUCCAAUCAGAAACAAGAAUGCUGGAGCGCGUGUGUUUCUCGCGCGAGGAGGUAGACGCGUGAACGAAGCCACUGGUAAAAUUUCCGCUCGUGUCGAGGUGAAGAGGAACAGGAAAUGCCAAAUCCAGGUGGACAGAUGGACAGACCUCCAGUCGUGGACAUAAUUCCAUCCCUUCACACCAUGGAAAUCAUACUCCCCAAAGCAGUGAGGAGGCGCAUAAACGCCCUGAGGAAGCUGCAGGUCCAGUGCGCUCACAUAGAGGCCAAGUUCUACGAAGAGGUCCACGAGUUGGAGCGAAAGUACGCAGCUCUCUAUCAGCCGCUGUUUGACAAGAGACGAGACGUGGUCUCAGGAGCCGUGGAGCCCACAGACGAGGAGUGUGAGUGGCCCAGUGACAAGGACGAGGAGGAGGAGCUCGCUGAGGAGGUGAAGGAAAAAGCUUCCAUUGAAGAUGCGAAGAAGGAGGAAGCCACACCAGAAGAAGGCCCCAAGGGAAUACCGGAGUUCUGGCUCGCAAUUUUCAAGAGUGUGGACAUGCUCAGUGACAUGUUACAGGAACACGACGAGCCCAUCCUGAAACACCUGAAGGACAUCCAAGUCAAGUUUUCUGAGCCCGGGCAGCCGAUGAGUUUCACGUUAGAGUUCCACUUUGAGCCCAACGGAUACUUCAACAAUGCAGUCCUCACUAAAGUCUACAAGAUGAAAUCCGAGCCUGAUGCCUCAGACCCCUUCUCCUUUGAAGGUCCGGAGAUCAUUGACUGUGAAGGGUGUCAAAUAGACUGGCACAAAGGGAAGGAUGUGACGGUGAAAACCAUCAAGAAGAAGCAGAAGCACAAAGGCCGCGGCACCAUUCGCACCGUCACCAAACAAGUCUCCAACGACUCUUUCUUUAACUUCUUUAACCCUAUCAAAGCCCCACCAAACGGAGAGCUGGACGAGGACUCGGAGUUGACUUUAGCCACAGACUUUGAAAUCGGUCACUUCUUCCGUGAGAGAAUAGUUCCCAGAGCCGUCCUGUACUUCACCGGGGAAGCCCUGGAGGACGACGAGAGUUUUGAGGAGGAGGAGCUGGAGGAAGGAGACGAAGAGGAGCAAGAUGAAGACGGAGACGAAGACGAUGAGGAGGGAGACCUCGACCCCAAGGCCUAAUCAGUCAUUCUCCUUCCAUGCAUUUGUAGAAGGAGCAGCCUCCACCCGCCGAAUGCAAACAGCAGUAACCGCAGCCCCCCAGGAGGCGGAGUCCUGCCGUCCAUCAAGUCCACUUUAGCCAAUCCACGGGCCUCCUGCUCCAACAGGCUCCGCCCCUUUCAUCUGAAUGCAAUAGGACGCUAAGCAGACGGCGUUUUUCUGUGCAUGACUUGUUUCUCCUCCGUCUUGAACAUUAUUACCCCCCCCCCCCCCCCAUUUAAACCUCAAAGUAUUCAGAAACAUCUGGGUGGAGACAGGAGCCCCCCCCGGCUAAACACGGAGUGGGACGAAUCAGUCACUCAGGGUUUUUUAACGCCAACAAGCAAAGUGAGUUCACUGCUGACAGGGUUGACCUUACUUUUCUCUGGGGGGGGCACUUCUUCCUUUUUUAAGGUGUUUUGUAAGGAGAGCUGCAGAAAUCAUGUUCUUAACUUUUGCAAGUGCUCCGUGUGACGUCAUUGACCUAUUUAUUGUGGUGUCGUUCAACUGUUGGAGGAAAGUUGGGAGCCCUCGCCGCGGCGGGGCCACUCCCCCGCUCAGGAGGGCGGGGCUUAGCAUCAAAACUCUCUUUGUCCGCGGCCGUGAUGGAGGCGGACGCUCUGCCGAGCAGGCCUCCUGCGGUUGGUUUGUAGAUCUGGACACGUGUGGGUGAAGCAGGAAGUUACCCAGCAUCCUCUCUGCUGAAGCCGGGCGUCACGCUCCAGCGUUGUAGUUUCUAGAAGCAACUCCCGUCGUCCAUCUGGGAGGUGUGAGCGAAUCGGAACAGAGUGCCAAUGAUUUUCACGGAGGUCUCAGCUCCUCUGGAAGCUGCUUCCUGACCCCCCACACACACACACACACACCCCGGUCUCUACGAUUGUACGCGUCGGUGGACACCUCCCAGAGCCGCGGCCACUCCCUCAAAUUUACCACAUGGACCGUGCGCCCGCCUUAACUGGUUCUUCAGUUUGUUACUCGCGCAAUAUUUCUUUUGGAUUUGUACAGUUAGUUAAAAUAUUCUAUUAAAGUUGUGGAACAUGAAGAC